UUUUUCAGUUUGCAUUGACCACAAAAUGUCAUGAACCAAAGGCUGCUUUCGCUAACCUAGCUCUUUCUUCGUUAACCUCUUCGCAGUUGACGUUAGUUUAGCAUCCAUCAAAAUGGCCAAACGCACCAAGAAGGUCGGAAUUGUAGGAAAGUAUGGAACCCGUUAUGGUGCUUCCCUACGUAAAAUGGUGAAAAAAAUGGAAAUCACCCAACAUAGCAAAUAUUCCUGUUCAUUCUGUGGAAAGGAUGCUAUGAAGAGGUCAGUUGUAGGAAUUUGGUCCUGCAAGAGGUGUAAAAGGAUAGUUGCUGGAGGUGCAUGGGUAUACUCUACUACCGCAGCAGCCACAGUCAGAUCAGCAGUAAGACGUCUUAAGGAUGUCAAAGAACAAUAGUUUUUUUAAAUAAUAAAUAAAUAUUACAAAAACUCAAA